AUGGUCCACUUCAUCACCGACCAACACACCAAGCGCGGCCCCGAUUGGAUAUGGUACAUGCGCCUCGCAACCCUCAGCGCCGUCGUCGCCGACGUGAUCGUGACAGUCUUGCCCGUGAAAGAUCUCCUAACCGUGCAAUGCAAAAUCCCCAUCACCGCAGACUUCAACCUGGGCGUAUGCGCACUCAUCACAUUCUCCUUCCUCUCCACACUCCUAUCCACAGGCCCGAAACCCUGGCUGCGCAUCCUGCCCUUCCCACCCAUCCAAUGGCACAUCGCCAUCGUGACCGACGCUAUCAUCAUGGGUCUCUGCCUCGCUGCCGCGAUGACCACCGAUCCGACCUGCAAGGACGCCUGCAAUAUGUGCGUCGCGCAUCACUACACGUCCAUUAAGCUGGUGAAGCAGACUUGCCAUUGUACGUGGGAGAAGGAUAAGUUGGCGCAUUGGUCUCGGGGUUUAAGCGCUGGUGGGGCUGGUGGGGAUGGAGCGGUGCUGGAGAAGAGGUAUGGGACUGUGGGCAAGGAUGGGAAGACGAAGGAAAUCGCCCUCUUCAUCAUCUGGAUCCUGUACAUCUGCUACAUGCCCCAACGCGGCGAUCCCAACAUCUACGCUGAGACCGCUUCUGAGGACCACCCUGAUGCCACGACUACCGAACCACAUUCUAAGGCCGAUGAAGAAGCUAAGAUCGAUACUGCUGGGGAUGUAUCGUUUACUUAG